AUGCCGGCUGUUGUGACCGUGUCCAUUGGCGGAGGUUCGGGGUUAGGUAUGGGAGAGACAGGUUCGGCAGUAGGCUCGGCAUGGGUCAAUGCAGGUUCGGCAAGGGAACCAGCAGGCUGGGUGAAGGCGAGGGGAAGCACAGUGGCAGCAGCAACUGCUGUCUCAUUGGCUGGGGACGGAUCGAAUCUGUACAGUGACGUAUCAAAUCUGGGAGAGCCAAUUGCGGAACAGGACGUGCUGACUCAGCAACAGCAGGGGAAGAAAAGCGGAGCAGCAGCAGCAGCAGCAGCAGCAGCAGGGGGAAAGGGUUCGGUUGACAAAGGGAGAGAGGUUAGAGACGACGGGGAGAGUGAAGGAGGGAGAGAGAUGGUGGGAUUGGAGGGGGUAUUGGAGCGAAUGAGGAGGGCAGUGCGGAUAGAAAGCCUGGCAGAGGGCGCACACGUGCAUGUGACAGGUGUGCAGUCGCUGAUGGGCAUGGAGGGCACGUGGCAGCUCCUCGUGUCGCCAGCUGGCGGCCGAUUCGUAGAGUCGUUUGUCGGGCGGCACAUCUGGAGCGUGUCGGGUUUCGCCGGCCAAUCAGACACCAGCGAAUCCGAUACCGAAUCUAGUGCUUCGUCAAGUAGCUCAUCCGAUAUCAUAUCAGAUAGCUCGUCUGAUAGCUUAUCGGACGAUGCACUCGAAGAUUCAGUCUGCCGCCCGGAAAUGCAAUCUACUGUGUGGGACGUGGAUACGGCCGGGCGGGUAUCUUCGUUGGAUCUGGACGACCACGAGGUGUAUCUGCUCUCCGUGUGGCUGCGCUCGUCUCUUUGGCUGCUGCCGCCCGUCGCCAGCUCAGCACUUGAAAUAAGAGCAGUGGGCGGCGAAGAGGAGAUAGGGGAAGGUGGAUUGGUCGUUGGCAUUCCGAAUGGGAUGAGAAUGGAGAUUGAUGCACACGUGGCAGCUGAUGAUAGGGUCAUCUUGGCGAUCAACCUGAUUGGCCGAGAGGUCAUCAUGUAUGUGGCGGUGCAUCGCUCUGAUUGGCUGCCAAGGGUAGCAGUGGUGAAGGCGUACGGGGCACUUGAGACAUUCACCUUCACUCAGUGGGCGCCUGUAGCGCCCGACUGCCCGUUCCUGCUGCCCGCUACAGUGCACAGAUCCACGUCAGCAGGCGCGCAGCAAUCUUUUUCAUCUGCCCGAACCUCCUUGUUGCCGCCCGGCCCGGCCCACAUCCUGCUACAUGAGAAGGAAGCUUCCGAUUCUGAAUUCAAUGAAGCUUCUGAGGAAGCUUCGCCCUUCUCAUUCUCAUACGACAUACCGGGGUCUCAAACUGUCCCCAGCCCAUUGAGCUGCUUCCCGGAAGCUUCCUUUGAUGAAAGUGCACCGGCUGAGGUGGAGCUGUUUCAGUCCAACAGCGGGCAUUUGCUGGUGCGGCCACGGAUCAACGGCCAGGAUGUUGGCUACUUCAUUCUAGAUUCAGGUGCAAGCUGUUUCACAAUCGAACCAGCUGUAGCAGACGGGCUGGGGCUAUCGAGCUUUGGGUGUGUGCACACAGUGACAGUGCACGGGCCGGCAGAGUGCGCAUUCAGACGCGCGGACUCGGUGCAACUUGGGCCGCUCUCCAUCGCCAAUGCACUGUUUGUUGAUGUGGGAGGAGCAGCGCUGGUGCAGGGGUUGAAGCCGGUGGUGGGGAUCUGCGGCUACGAUGUGUUCAGACACGCCGUUGUGCACGUGCAGGCACGGGGGAGACAAGGGAUCCUCCGGCUGUACAAACCCCAAGAAACACCUGAUGCUCCCAAAGCAAGCAGCAAUGCAACAGCAGGCAGCACAGAGAAUGGCAGGAGCGGGGAGGCGGACAGAUCUGAAACAGGGCUGGUGCAAUCCGCUGCUGCCUUUGCGGAUGGAUCCGCAGCAAAUGCUCCUGUGCCUCCUGGUGUUGCCAUGGCACAAAGACGGGGGAGAGGAGGGGCGAGAGGGGGAGGCGGGGCAGGAGGUAGGGCAGGGGGAGGUGUGGCAGUGGUCUCUGCUGCUCUGGUGGGAGGCCACCCUUCCAUGCCUGACCUUGGGGAAAACAUCUACUGGGAGCCGCUGCGCAUGCUGGGAAGUGUGCCUCACAUCGCCAUCUCCUUUCAAGAGCACUGGGACUCCCCUCCCACUUACUGUGUGCCCUCACACCCCCCCCUUGCCUCGCGCACCCCUCUCAGCAUUUACGCAUGCUGGGCAGCGUGCCUCACAUCGCCAUCUCCUUCCAAGAGCACUGGGACUCGCCUCCCCACUCCGGCCUCUUCUCCUCGACACGGGAGCAGCCGGGGUGGACAUAAUAUUCAACACUCUCUUUGUCACCUUGUACCUCCCAACCCCUUCCUGCUCCUCUCUCCCCUCACAACCCCUCUCCCGCCCUCACAUCCCCACCAGCCGCUGCGCAUGCUGGGCAGCGUGCCUCACAUCGCCAUCUCCUUUCAAGAGCACUGGGACUCGCCCCCCCAGUCCGGCCUCUUUCUCCUCGACACGGGAGCAGGAGGGGUGGACAUAAUAUUCAACGCUCUCUUCUGUCAUCUUUUUCCUCCCAACCCCUUCCUGCUCCUCUCUCCCCUCACAACCCCUCUCCCGCCCUCACAUCCCCACCAGCCGCUGCGCAUGCUGGGCAGCGUGCCUCACAUCGCCAUCUCCUUCCAAGAGCACUGGGACUCGCCUCCCCACUCCGGCCUCUUUCUCCUCGACACGGGAGCAGCCGGGGUGGACAUAAUUUUCAACGCGCGGGCGGUGGAGCGCUGUCAGCUGGGGAGGAGGGCCAAAGGGGGGGACAGCUGGCUUAAGGGCAUGGGGGGCGCAGGGGGGGGCGGGGGAGGAGGACAGCAAAUGACGGUGCGGCAGGGCAACCUAGCAGUCGUGACAGUCGCAGGCCAGCAGCUUAAGAACGUGUCAGCGCUGUUCUCCACAGCAGAGCAGGGAGCCUUGGAGUUGUCGCAGUACACUAGCGGAUUGAUAUGCCGCAACCUACUCUCCAAGUUUGACCUUAUAAUCGACUAUCCUGGGCUUCGAGUUGGCCUCAUUCCUCGCUCUUCCCGCAUGUCCAAGCUAUAG